AUGGUUGAUCAUGUCUUGAAUAGUCUUGAACCAUUAUUCUUUUGUUUUUCGGCAUUGUCCUGUCAUCUUUUUAAUAUCGUCAAUGUUUGUUCUUGUAGCUUUGCAGGGACUUUUAGUGAAAAAGGUCACGAGGACUGUCAGACAGUUUUCUCCUCAUUUGGCAGCAAAGAUGAGACCUCCUCUCACGUAAACCUGUUAUUCGAGGGCGCCCAUCUGCAAAACGAGCAAUACAUAUAUGUGGACAGCCUUGAUGGGUAUUCGUCUUGGUAUUUUCUGCAAGAUGUACUGUCACAUGUUAAUAACUAUGCCUUCUUAUUCCGCUUUGCAGUGAGUUUCUUCCUCUGGUUUGCUUCAUGUGGUAUUCUCAUGGUCUUAUGGGCCUUUGCUAUUGGACUUCUUGCCACUCUCAUUCACGCGAGCUUUAGAACACCCAACUUGAAAGCUCGCCUGAACACAUUCCGUGAAGAAUUCCGUGCCGUUUGGCAUAAUUAUAGUGAGCUGUAGCUUGUCUGUAGCAGAACACAUGACAGGUAAUUCAACAUAUAUUCACUUAUGAUUGAUAAACCAUAUCACUUCAUCAUAUCCAUCUAUAUACAGUCCUUUUGUUUUAGCUAGUGCCAGAUAGUCUUCAUCAUCUUCACCCUUUUUGGUUGCAUUACCUUCUGUAGUGUACUUUUCACGGUGCUUCUGAAAAAUAGUCAGGGUGGGUUAUCAUGUUUAAGCCAGUUGGCUUGCCGAUACCCAUAUGGAAUUUGAGGCUCUUACUGAAGAUCGUCACUGAUACAUGUUUUCUGUAUAGUCUA